CUCAGUCCCCUGAACCGCUACCUCUGGACCUGCAGGGCAGCUGGGCGCCUGUCCUCCUGUGCCUGAGCAGAGUGUGACUUCUGUCUGUCUCAGCACAUGGUGUGGAGGCAGGCACGACUUGCUUUGCGCUCCAUUCCAAGAGGCCCUGCUGCCUGUCUUCCCACAUGUGACUUUGCUGUCCCUUGGGUGUGGCCUGGCUGAGGCCUGUCCACAGUGGCUGCCGGCCAUGCUCCCUCUGUGCCUUGUCUCACUUUUCCUUCUGGUGGCCAAGGGAGCAGGCGGUGGCAGGCCCUUCCGUGCCUUCAUGGUGACAGAUACCACGCUCACCCACCUGGCCGUGCACCGAGUGACUGGGGAGGUGUUUGUGGGUGCAGUGAACCGAGUCUUCAAGCUGGCCCCCAACCUGACUGAGCUGCGGGCCCAUGUGACGGGGCCCGUGGAAGACAAUGCCCGUUGCUACCCACCCCCGAGCAUGCGUGUGUGUGCCCACCGUCUGGUGCCUGUGGACAAUGUGAACAAGUUACUGCUCAUAGACUAUGCGGCCCGUCGCCUGGUGGCCUGUGGCAGCAUCUGGCAGGGGAUCUGCCAGUUCCUGCGCCUGGAUGACCUCUUCAAGCUGGGGGAGCCACACCACCGGAAGGAGCACUACCUGUCAGGGUCACAAGAGCCAGACUCCAUGGCUGGGGUCAUCGUGGAGCAGGGCCAGGGUCCCAGCAAGCUGUUUGUGGGCACUUCUGUGGAUGGCAAGUCAGAGUACUUCCCCACCUUGAGCUCCCGCAAGCUCAUCGGCGAUGAGGACAGUGACGACAUGUUUAGUCUGGUAAACCAGGACGAGUUUGUGUCCUCGCAGAUCAAGAUCCCCUCUGACACUCUGUCACUGUACCCUGCCUUUGACAUCUACUACAUCUACGGCUUUAUGAGCAUGUCCUUCGUGUACUUCCUGACUCUGCAGCUGGACACCCAGCAGACGCUGCUGGACACGGCAGGCGAGAAGUUCUUCACUUCCAAGAUCGUGCGCAUGUGUGCAGGGGACUCAGAGUUCUACUCGUAUGUGGAGUUUCCCAUCGGCUGCUCCUGGCGCGGUGUGGAGUACCGCUUGGUGCAGAGCGCCCACCUGGCCAAACCUGGCCUGCUGCUGGCCCAGGCACUGGGUGUGCCAGCCGACGAGGAUGUCCUCUUCACCAUCUUCUCCCAGGGCCAGAAGAACCGGGCCAGCCCACCUCGGCAGACCGUUCUCUGCCUCUUUACACUCAGCAACAUCAAUGCCCAUAUCCGGCACCGCAUCCAGUCCUGCUACCGUGGGGAGGGCACCCUGGCCCUGCCCUGGCUACUGAACAAAGAGCUGCCCUGCAUCAACACUCCCAUGCAGAUCAAUGGAAACUUCUGUGGGCUUGUCCUGAACCAGCCCUUGGGCGGCCUGCAUGUGAUCGAGGGGCUGCCCCUGUUGGCCGACAGCACUGAUGGCAUGGCCAGCGUGGCCGCCUACACCUACCACCAGCACUCUGUGGUGUUCAUCGGCACACGCAGUGGCAGUCUGAAGAAGGUGCGAGUCGAUGGCUCCCAAGACGCCCACCUGUACGAGACGGUCCCCGUGGUGGAUGGCAGCCCCAUCCUGCGAGACCUGCUCUUCAGCCCCGACCACCGGCACGUCUACCUCCUGAGUGAGAAGCAGGUGAGCCGGCUACCGGUGGAGACCUGCGAACAGUACCCAAGCUGUGUGGCCUGCCUGGGCUCUGGAGACCCGCACUGUGGCUGGUGCGUGCUACAGCAUAGGUGCUGCCGGGAAGGGGCCUGUCUGGGUGCCUCCACCCCUAAUGGCUUUGCCGAGGAGCUGAGCAAGUGUGUCCAGGUGCGGGUCCGGCCCAACAAUGUGUCGGUGACAUCACCCGGGGUGCAGCUGACAGUGGCCCUGCACAAUGCGCCAGACCUCAGCGCAGGAGUGAGCUGCACCUUCGGUGAGGCGACAGAGAAUGAGGCCGUCCUGCUGGCCUCAGGGGAGCUGCGCUGCAACUCGCCCUCCCUCCAGGAGCUGCAAGCUCUCACCAGAGGGCAUGGGGCCACCCACACCGUGCGGCUGCAGCUGCUGGCCAAGGAGACCGGGGUGAAGUUUGCUGGUGCUGACUUUGUCUUCUACAACUGCAGUGUUCUCCAUUCGUGCAUGUCCUGCGUGGGCAGCUCUUACCCCUGCCACUGGUGUAAGUACCGCCACGUGUGUACCAGCCACCCUCAAGAGUGCUCCUUCCAAGAGGGCAGGGUCCACAGCCCUGAGGUGAGGCGGGUGCAGUGUGUUGCACAAGGGCUGUGCUGGGAGCCACUGAAUUCUGUGUGCACAGCGUUGCAGGCCUGGUUGCUGCUGAUGCUGCUCUCCCCCCAGGGCUGCCCCGAGCUCCUACCUCGAGGGGACCUCCUGAUCCCCGUGGGUGUCAUGCAGCCCCUCACCCUUCGAGCAAAGAACCUGCCGCAGCCACAGUCGGGCCAGAAGAACUACGAGUGUGUGGUACGGGUGCAGGGGCGGCAGCAGCGGGUGCCCGCUGUGCGCUUCAACAGCAGCAGCGUGCAAUGCCAAAAUGCUUCGUACUCCUAUGAAGGUGACGAGUAUGGCGACACUGAGCUGGACUUCUCUGUGGUCUGGGAUGGAGAUUUCCCCAUUGACAAGCCUCCCAGCUUCCGAGUGCCCCAUGUGCCCACAGCCCUUCUGUACAAGUGCUGGGCGCAGCGGCCCAGCUGUGGCCUCUGCCUCAAAGCCGACCCUCGCUUCAACUGUGGCUGGUGUGUCUCGGAGCACAGGUGCCAGCUGCGGGCACACUGCCCUGCCCCCAAAACCAACUGGAUGCACCCGAGCCAGAAGGGCACCCGGUGCAGCCACCCCCGCAUCAGCCAGAUCCACCCACUCAUGGGGCCCAAGGAGGGGGGCACCCGGGUCACCAUCGUGGGCGAGAACCUGGGCCUCGCCUCACGGGAGGUCAGCCUGCGGGUGGCUGGUGUGCGCUGCAACUCCAUCCCCACCGAGUAUGUCAGCGCUGAGAGGAUUGUCUGUGAGAUGGAGGAGUCGCUGGUGCCCAGACCACUGCCAGGGCCUGCUGAACUCUGUGUCGGUGACUGUUCUUCCGAUUUCCGCACACAAUCUGAGCAGCUGUACAGCUUUGUGACCCCAACCUUUGACCGGGUGAGUCCCACUCGGGGCCCAGCCUCAGGGGGCACACGGCUCACCAUUUCCGGCCACUCUCUGGAUGCUGGCAGCAGUGUGACUGUGACUGUGAGAGAUGGCGAGUGCCAGUUUGUCAGGAGAGGUGCUGAGGCAAUCGUGUGUAUCUCGCCUGUCUCCACCCUGGGUCCCAGCCAGGCCCCCAUCACCCUUGCCAUCGAUCGCGCCAACAUCUCCAGCCCUGGGGUCAUCUACACCUACACUCAGGACCCCACCGUCACGCGCCUUGAGCCCACAUGGAGCAUCAUUAAUGGAAGCACUGCCAUCACUGUGAGCGGGACCCACCUGCUGACAGUUCAGGAGCCCCGGGUGCGCGCCAAGUACCGUGGCAUUGAGACCACCAAUACAUGCCAGGUGAUCAAUGACACUGCCAUGCUAUGCAAGGCCCCGGGCAUUUUCCUUGGGCGGCCCCAGCCCCGGGCACAAGGCGAGCAUCCGGAUGAGUUUGGCUUCCUGCUAGACCAUGUGCAGACGGCCCGUUCCCUCAACCGAUCCUCCUUCACCUACUACCCUGACCCCAGCUUUGAGCCACUCGGGCCCUCUGGGGUCCUGAACGUCAAGCCGGGAUCCCACGUUGUGCUGAAGGGCAAGAAUCUGAUCCCCGCAGCAGCCGGCAGCUCCCGCCUCAACUACACAGUGCUGAUUGGGGGCCAGCCAUGUGCACUCACGGUGUCUGACACGCAGCUGCUGUGUGACUCGCCCCAUCAGACCGGCCGCCAGUCUGUCAUGGUGCUGGUGGGUGGCCUGGAGUUCUGGCUGGGCACCCUGCACAUCACGGCAGAGAGGGCACUCACGCUGCCUGCCCUGGUGGGGCUGGCGGCGGGCGGCGGGCUCCUGCUGCUGGCCAUCGCUGCUGUGCUGGUUGCCUACAAACGCAAGACGCAGGACGCUGACCGCACGCUCAAGCGGCUGCAGCUGCAAAUGGACAACCUGGAGUCCCGUGUGGCGCUGGAGUGCAAGGAAGCCUUUGCCGAGCUGCAGACAGACAUCCAUGAGCUGACGAAUCACAUGGACGGCGUGCAGAUCCCCUUCCUGGACUACCGCACCUACGCUGUGCGCGUGCUCUUUCCGGGCAUUGAGGCCCACCCAGUGCUCAAGGAGCUGGAUACCCCGCCCAAUGUGGAGAAGGCCCUGCGCCUCUUUGGGCAGCUGCUGCACAGCCGCGCCUUUGUCCUCACUUUCAUCCACACGCUGGAGGCCCAGAGCAGCUUCUCCAUGCGCGACCGCGGCACUGUGGCCUCACUUACCAUGGUGGCGCUGCAGAGCCGGCUCGACUACGCCACUGGGCUGCUCAAGCAGCUGCUGGCUGACCUCAUAGAGAAGAACCUGGAGAGCAAGAACCAUCCGAAGCUGCUGCUGCGCAGGACAGAGUCAGUGGCAGAGAAGAUGCUGACCAACUGGUUUACGCUCCUGCUGUACAAGUUCCUGAAGGAGUGCGCGGGGGAGCCGCUCUUCCUGCUGUACUGCGCCAUCAAGCAACAGAUGGAGAAGGGCCCCAUCGACGCCAUCACUGGUGAGGCCCGCUACUCUCUGAGUGAGGACAAGCUCAUCCGGCAGCAGAUCGACUACAGGACGCUGACACUGCAUUGUGUGUGCCCGGAGAGCCAGGGCGGCAGCCAGGUCCCGGUGAAGGUGCUCAAUUGUGACAGCGUUACCCAGGCCAAAGACAAGCUGCUGGAUGCUGUAUACAAGGGUAUCCCCUACUCGCAGCGCCCCAAAGCUGAGGACAUGGACCUGGAGUGGCGCCAGGGCCGCAUGGCCCGCAUCAUCCUCCAGGAUGAGGACGUCACCACCAAGAUCGAGUGUGACUGGAAGAGGGUCAACUCUCUGGCCCACUACCAGGUGACAGAUGGUUCCUUAGUAGCCCUGGUGCCCAAACAAGUGUCUGCCUACAACAUGGCCAACUCCUUUACCUUCACACGUUCCCUCAGCCGUUACGAGAGCUUGCUCCGUACCACCAGCAGCCCGGACAGCCUCCGCUCACGGGCACCCAUGAUCACACCUGACCAGGAGACGGGCACCAAGCUGUGGCACCUGGUGAAGAACCAUGACCAUGCCGACCACCGGGAGGGGGACCGUGGCAGCAAGAUGGUUUCAGAGAUCUACCUAACACGUCUGCUGGCCACCAAGGGCACACUGCAGAAGUUUGUGGACGACCUCUUUGAGACCGUGUUCAGCACAGCCCACCGUGGCUCGGCACUGCCCCUAGCCAUCAAGUAUAUGUUCGACUUCCUGGACGAGCAGGCAGACCAGCGGCAGAUCAGCGACCCCGACGUGCGCCAUACCUGGAAGAGCAACUGCCUGCCCCUGCGCUUCUGGGUGAAUGUGAUCAAGAACCCGCAGUUCGUGUUUGACAUCCACAAGAACAGUAUCACGGACGCCUGCCUGUCAGUCGUGGCCCAGACCUUCAUGGACUCCUGUUCCACCUCGGAACACCGACUGGGCAAGGACUCGCCUUCCAACAAGCUGCUUUACGCCAAGGACAUCCCCAGCUACAAGAGCUGGGUGGAGAGGUACUACCGAGACAUCUCGAAGAUGGCGUCUAUCAGCGACCAGGACAUGGACGCUUACCUGGUGGAGCAGUCCCGUCUGCACGCCAGUGACUUCAAUGUUCUAAGUGCACUCAGCGAACUCUACUUCUACGUCACCAAGUACCGCCAGGAGCUCCUCAGCGCCCUGGACAGAGACGCCUCUUGUCGGAAGCACAAGCUGCGCCAGAAGCUGGAGCUGAUCAUCAGCCUGGGGUCCAGCAGCAGCUGAGGGUUGGGGAAUCGGCGAGGAGGGGCCUCCCGACACGGGCAGGGGCUGGCUCCAGCCUGGGGCCCCAGGUGUCGUGGGGGAGGCCACCAGGCCAACAUGACCCUAGCGUACCGGGGCCCCUUCCUUAGUGCCUUGCUUUGGGCCCUGCAGGGGGAGGUGGUCAAAGGACCAAGCCCUCUACCCUAGCAUCAGCAAUACCCCACCCUCCUGGCCCUGUGCCCAUGGGUUGGAAAUGCCCCACCCUCCGUGCUGCUUGCACCUUGACCACCUAUUUAUUAAAUUCAUGUCCACCUGGAGCUCCACCUGUAAACAUGUGUCCUCUGGGGGAAGUUGCCAUCCCAUGGCUCUCCGUCCCUGACACACCUGGACCCAGCUGCUGGCACCUUGUCUGGCCCUGGCUGGCCCACUGAUAUCCAGAAGGGUGCCUGGUGGCCUGCAGUGCUCAGAGAGGAGUAAUGCCCUCCCACGGGCUGUGGCGAGCCAGGACACGGCAUCCGUCCCUUCCAAGGGUGUCUGGGGACACCGCUGUCUCUGAGCACCAAGGGCCUGGAGUCAGGCUUGGGCCAGGCUCCGUCCUGGGCCUGGGCGUUGCCCCCUCGGCCAAACGUCCUUAGCGUUGACUGUCGGCCCAUGGGCAGCCGGAGCCCCUACCCCAGGUUCAGCUGCCCUGGGGAGCCCCACCCCGGGCCCCCGGCGUUAUCACCUUCCUGUCUCCCACUACCUGCCUUCUGCUCCUGCUCCUCUGAGGACCCUGGCCCAUCUGUCUCUCUAUCCUGCACUCCACUCUUCCUCCUUGGUCACCUGAGCUCUCUGGCGGCGCCAUGACAUGUCCUGAUUAAAC